AUGAGUGACGGAUACUUCGACGAUUACUUGCCAGUAAUCGCGAUUGACAUCGCCAUCGAAGAGAAGACAAGAAUCGCCAAGAUGGCUGUUGCAGCUUUGCAUAAGCUUCACAACAUGAUGCGGCAGAUAAAAGAUUGGCGAGACGAUAGCGCAAAACUGAAGAGCAAUAUCUGGCAAAUGAAAAUGGCUUUGCGCGACGAUGACAAGAAUGAGAAUGAUAAUCAGCAGAUCGACCCUUUGAUCGUACAUCAGAAGGCAGAGAUUAUCCGAUUGGAGCAAGCAAACGACACUUUAGAGAAUGAAGUAACGAGUUUGAAAGACACCCUGAUGAAAGCUGAAGAGAAUAUCACGCGUGUCGCCGUCUGCGAGAUAAGCGAUAAGAUCGCUAGGAUCGAAGACGCGUUCUCAAACGAGAAUGGACGUCUGAACAACGAAAUUCUGCACCUGAGGAAACAACUAAAGGAAGCCGAAAAGGGUGAGACGAGUGUUGUGCUCAAGCAACUCAGGGAGAAGCUGAACGAGUACGAGAGAGGCGAUCGAACGAUAGAAGCGGUGUUCGCGAACGCGAUUAGCAAAAUCGUCGAGACGGUCGUCGGUCUCUCGGAGGAGCUCGUGAAUGUUAGCGGGAAUCUGUAUCGAUUUAAGACAAAAAAUAGAAACUUGCAUCUCAAGCUGGACAAAUUGAAGGCUAUGCUAAGGUUGAGAUGCGGUGGCAACGCGGAAUACUGCAAGAGAAUCGGCGAAUUGAACAAUCUUGCGGAACAAUUGAUGGGAGAAAUUGGCCGAUUGAAAGUUAUUCGCGAGAAUGCGAACUGUGGCGAAAGUUCAAACGCCACGGAUAUUCCAGGCGUUGUUAGACACGUGGAACGCUUGAUGAACGACUUGAAGGACAAUCUGAGGAGCGAUCGUGAGGCGAUCAUUGCCGCUGGCGAUCCAGAUUGUUUGAAAUACAUGAAGAAAGUGGUUAAUCUGAAAAUAAACCUAAAAGUGUUGUCUGUAGAACUUAGACGAUCGAACGUGCCGAUACAUAAACGAUCGUGUCAGAAUGCUCAGUAUAAGAAAUAUUUAGAAACAGCUUCAUCAUUAAAUGAUUUCUUAAAGGAAAUAGAUGUUGAGAUUGGGAAAUUAAGAAUAAAUCCGAUGGACAAACAUUGCAGAAUCGGUGGCAUUAGCGGCUCGCAAUAUAUGACAAAAGUCGUGGAACUUGAAAAUUUAGUUAAAAAAUCGUCUGCGUUAACGGCGAUUAUAAAACAGAGUCCGUUAGAAAUUAUAAACACUAAUGGAAAAAUACUGGAAGAACUCGAAGACUUGAUCGAUCGAUUGUGUUGCAAAAUAAAAGAUCUCGAAAUUCUCGACGAUCGCGCGAGCUUAUGCGAAAGAAUCGUACAACUUGAAACUUUGAUCAUAGAUCUGAAAUUGAAACUGGUGGAGGGAAGUGAGCGUAUAAAUGCACUCAACAAUGAAUAUGUAAGCGUUAAAUUAUCAUUAGAGAGAAAUGGUAAAAAAUACGAGAGGAUCAUCAAUGACAUACGGGACGAGAACGAAAGUUUUCGAAAAGAUAUAAAGAAUAAAAAACAAGAAAUAUUGGAACUGUCGCGUGAACGCGAACACUCCGAGCAGCGCAUUGUGGAAAUGCAACUGAUGAAGGUUGAAAUUGACGAGGUAAGAAAAAAAUUGCAGACUCUUCACGAUGACAAAGAGGCGCUAUUAGGGGAAACAGAAAAGAUGCGUAAUAUUCUCCGAGAGAGGGACAAGGAAAUUGAGGAUAUUAUUAUUCAACGGAAUGCGCUAAAAGGGAUCCCCGGGGCCGAGGUGGAAGACCUGAAGAUGAAACUUGGGAUCGCUUCCGACGAAAAUGUAAAAUUGAGACGUAUAAUUGAGGGACUUGGGAAACAGGAGAAACGCGAGCGACUAGACAAAUUGAAAAGUUCCGUGGAGGAGAGCGAGAACAAAGACAAUGGCGAAUAUUCGCGAGAGCGUGCGCGAAACCUCAGGGAUGAAGUAGAGCGCUUGAAAACCGAAUCAAAUGAGUCUGAAAUAAGCCUGAACGAGGCAAAGGAGCGAAUCGACUAUCUGAAAUGCGCGCUGGAUAUAGCAGUCGACGACAAAGCAAGACUGGAAAAUGAAAUUUCUGAUUUAAAAUCUAAUGAGCAAUUGUUGAUGUAUCGAUUGAACAUCCAGACAAGCGCCGACAAGGAAACACUGGGAGAAUUCGAUAAUGCGAUGGCGGAGAACAAAGCGUUAGAGAGUAAAGUCAAACAGCUUCAGAACGAGAAAGAACAACUUGAGACGAAGUUGUCGAAGUUGAGAUCCGAAAAAGGAUUACUAGAUAGGUUGAUGGCCGAUGCCAAUAACAAGUGCGCCGCGUUGCAGGAUCGAGUUAACAAAUUUAAGUCCGAGCGUAACGGCCUGCGGGAGAAGAUAAGCGAGCACGAAACUGCCGCGGAGAAUUUAAAGUUUGAGUUGAAGAAGGCACGAAAGGAUCUCGAAGACGCGGCUGUUAAAACAGCGCAACUGCAAUCGGAGAACUCGAGAAUCGUCGGCGAUUUGGAUGCGCUGUCUGUCCGAACUGCCGAGACCGAGGACCGCGUACGAGUGGUGUUGACAGAAAAGAACGAGCUGGCGACGCGUAUUAACGAGCUCGACGAUGAGAAUGUCGCCCUACGAGAGCGCUUGAAUAAGGCGAAAGAGGAGAAUGAAUAUUUUUCCGUGGAAUUGAAUAAAUCAAGAAUCGAAUAUGACAAAGCGAAGGCAAAGAAUGCUCUCCUGCAGGUUACCUGCGACGAGAGGAAGAAGGAUAACGAUGAACUGACGAGAGAAAGGAAUGACGCGAGGGAGAGGCUUAAUAAAAUUGAUAACGAGUACAAAACACUCGGUAAUCAAUUGAGAAUCCAGCGAACAAAGUAUGAGGCGCUGCGUUUUGCCACAGCUGCGUUACAUCACAAAAAUCGCAAUCACUUAAAUGAGAUCGAUUUGCUGUAUCCGUUUGCAAUGGAUCACGAGGGAGGAUUCGCGGACAUUUAUAACAAGGUUAAACACAGACAGGAUUACUCGGAUGCCACACGUACAAGCAUAAAGAUCGAAAGUGGCGAGCAGAGGCACGAGGAAACAGAAUUCAAAGUAAAAUCUGAUACAUAUACAGGCCAUGAUGACAAAGCAAAGAUCAAAGACAAGCCCAAUAGUGAAUUAAAGAGACUGAGAACCGAGAAUAAGGCUUUGAAAGUGGAGCAGGCAAAUUUGAGAUUCGAAAACUCCGAGAUUACGAUGGAACUGGCUCGCACAAAAGAUGAAUUCGAGAGUUCGCUGAAAACGUGGCCGAAAGAAUUUAACGAUAAAGAAAUUAUCGAUUCUAUUUUGAGGAAAUUUGACAUGGUAAAUAUCUGGUAUAAAAAAGAGAUAAGCAAUUAUUUGGACGAUUCAAAGAUGUUCGAUGAUAAAGACAAGUCUACGGUAGCUAUCGAUCAGCUCGAAAUCGAGAAUAGAGCGCUGAAGAUGAAAGCAGAUAUUCUGCGUGAUAGUCUCAACUUCAGCCUGAUGAACGGCGAGAAAACGAAGACUGACUUUAGUAGAGCUACGGAGGAGAUCCAGGCUUUGAAAUUCGAGCUGAUGAAUCUAAGAGACGAGAAAGCAGCCUUGAGGUCACAGCUCGAGAUGUUUGAGAAAGAAUUAAAUGCAUUAAAAUCCGAGAAGAUGGCUUUAAAGGAUGAACUCACUGCUUCGAGAAAGUCGAACUUCGAUCUUAGACUCAAAGUGAACGGCUUACUAAAUGUUAACGAAAAGUUAAAGGAAACAAAUGUAAGAUUAGAGAAUUGUCUGCGGGACACAUUGAGAGAAAUGAAUGAGCACACCGCAGUGUUGGUAGCACCGGAAAAAAGCUCAAAGAAUAAUUUUGAAAGCACAUUAAAUGAUGAUCUAAAGAUAUACAACUUUCCAAAAAGAAAUUCACGUACGAUCAAUCGACUCGACUAUGCUUUCUCCAAAAAUCCUGAACUACAAUCCAUUGAAGAAUACCUACGGCAUAUAGAAGGACAAAAAUGA